CCAAGAAUUAUUAUUAAAACAUUUUUAUGACAAGAAUGACUGCUGGCCAGCAACAGGAUCUCUCCUUAGGGAUGUGCACAAAACCGGUUUGCCCGGUUCGGUUCGAAUAUGAACUGGGUUCGAACCGGGAGGGGAAGGCUCAGUUUUGGUUUUUCUUGAACCGCCCGGUUUGGUUCAAAUUUGAACCGGUUUAAAUUGGUCUGAACUUCCCAAAGUGGGUGGGGUGGUAGUUGGCACCCAUGGGUGCCUACCACCCAACCCCCAAAGCAAUCGGACACUCAUAUGGUUUUUAGUAAUUCUGAGUGUUGAUUCUUUGGUAACAUAUGAGAUUUUCAAUGACAAACCAUCAAUCCACUCUCAUAUGCUACCAGAGAAUCUACACUCAGUACACCUCAGAAACAACAAAACCCAGAACCCCAUGGGUUAGCAAUGGGGCCACCCCAGUGCCCCCCCCCCUGCAAGUGCAAUUACAGGGUUGCUGAAACCUCCAUUAUUCCCUAUGGAGAAAAACCUUAAAGAUGCGUAAACUUCAAAAGUCACUUAAAAAUCAGCCCUUUGCCCAAUUCCUUUCAAAUAAUUCUGGUAGCUUCCUUGCCCCCCAGGCACUACCACCCACCACACUCUGCUCUAGGCUACCCCUUUCCCCCCAAUGUGAAGCUAUAUAUUUGAUGGAAUCCUCAUUAUUCCCUAUGGGGAAUUCAAAAAUACUUUAAAAAUUCAUCAAUAAUCGGAGGAGUGUCUGAUUGCCUUGGCACACCUCACUUUUGUGCCCUUAGGUGCUCCACAUAGGGGAUAAUGGGCUGGUUUGAGUCUCAUUAUAUUCUGAAAAAUAAAAAUAUUGCAAAGAUUCAUUAAAAAUUGUAGGAGUGUAUUGCUUUUGGGUUUGGGUGGUAGGUGGCACCCAUGGGUGCUCCACAAUAGGGAAUAAUGGGCUGGUCUGAGUCCCAUUAUACUCUGAGGGGGGAAAAUCAAAAAUUCAUAAAAGAAAUAUCGUACGAGUGUCCAAUUGCUUUGGGGGCUGGGUGGUAGGUACCCAUGGGUGCCAACUACCACUCCAGCCACUUUGGGAGUUCAAACUGAACCCCCCAGUUUGGUUCAAAUUCAAACCGGCAGCUCGAACCUAAUGGCUGGUUCGGUUAGAAUUCAAACCGUUGAACCGAACUGGUUCGAAUUCAAACCAGUUUGCACAUCCCUAUCUCUCCUUCCUUGUCAGCUUUGGAACACCCAAUGAGGAUUUCAGGGGCUGUUCCUCCCCUACCUUCUCCGCCAACCUGUACUGCCUGCCGCCUUCAUCCAUGCUUAGUGGAGGGCCAGUGCAGUGAGGUCAGGGGUGCAUUCCUUGAGACCACCCUUCUAAACCAAUGUUGAAAGCACCUGUGCUGAACACUGUUAUUCCACUGAGAAAAUGUAAAAAGAACAUCUGCUGUGCUGGUUGUAUGAUGCUCAAGGCCUCAGGAAGAAUUCCACCGGAAACCCCACCCGUGGUGGUGCUGAUGGCCAUUUGCCAGCAAAACAGGAAUGGCGGCCACUUAGCUUCCAUCGCAAGUGAGACCCUGGUGCAACGUAUUGGCGGUUACCUGUCUCAAGUCAACCUGGAGACGGAUUUUGUGUGGAUUGGGCUGCAGAGGACGUCGACUGCGAACAUGCAGCGUGGCUGGCGAUGGACUGAUGGCACACCAUUUAGGUACAGCAACUGGUUGGGUGGAACACCAAACAAUAUUGGUGGGAAGCAGUACUGUGUGGUCCUCACACCUGGGUCAGGGUAUAAGAGCUGGGAUGAUGCUACCUGCAGCAUUGUAAGACCUUUUCUCUGCAAGUGGAGAGCCAGUUAGGCCUCCUAUCGGGGCUCUCUAUGAGCCAGAGGAGCUCAGAGAUCCUGUUUGGAAGGAAAUGAUGGCGGCUGAAAGGAAGCCUUUCCUCCUGCACCUUCUGAGACUCUCUCCACAUGAGGAAGCCUCUUCACCAGAUACCUGGAAUCCAUCUGGAGUUCUCUUCUAAAUAUCACUUGAACCUUCCCUGUCUGUCUUUCUGGGGAAUGUGCUUCUUUGCUUGGCAAUAAACUUAGUUAGAAUCUUC